UUUUUCAUACAUAAGCAGAUUUCCAUUCUGAAAUUUGAUAAAGUAGUGGGAAAUUUUGACAUAUGUUAUUAAUGUUUCUCGAUCUAGCUUCAGCUUGGUCUUUUAUAUUUUACCUUUGGUUGCUGAAGCUCACCUUUGAUGUAGUUGUAUUGAUUGACAGAUGUUUUAUAGGCCAUAAAAAUUUGAGGUUGGAAUUCGUGAGGAGAUGAGAGAAGUGUUAUUCAUUGUCUUAACAGUGAGUUAAUUGUCAUGUUUACAGUCGUGCAUGCCUAUCAGAAAGUGUCUUUUGGAAAAAUCUUCUAUUCUUCAGUGCGAUGUGUAUGUUUCUAAUUCGGAAAGGAAAGUGCUGUUGUGUAUUCCGUGAAUUUAACAGAUAUUUGACAAGUGUCAUUAAAGGUGUUGAAACGUCUUGCUCACGUAUGAGAGUACAGCGAGAGCCGCGCAAAAACGAAUUGUAAUAUGGGUGUCACUGAUGCAUUAACCGAACUGUUAAUGGAAUGUUUGUGUGCAUAUCUUCCAUUGGGUCUGUUUAGUUGAUUUAAUGCAUUUUGUUUUUCGUUUGACAUAGCUUAACCUGAGCGAAAUGGUAUUCCACAAUUAAAGAAUGGUUAAGUGAUAGUAGUGAAUGACAGCUUCACACUAAGGUUUUAACAGAAAUAUUUACAAAUAAUUAAAUGUUAAAAUGCUCUCGAGGAAAAACAGAGAUUUGAGAACUAUCAAGGAAGGUGUAGUUGGAAAAUAUGUCAAGAAAGAAACACCUCCAGAAAUGCCCAUAAUCAAUGUGUGGACGACGGAGCCCACCAAGAAGUCACAUAGACGGAUUAACCAGAGUCCUUCACCAACCACAAGCACUGUGCAGGAAACCAGCAUAACUCAAAAAUUUGGUAAUAAUCGAAUUGCUCCCAACCUAGGAGGUCAUGAAGGAAAGUACACGCCAAGCAGUUCCGUCCCAGAUAUUGCUCAGAGGUUUGCAAGCAUGUCUGUGGGUAGUGGAAGUGGCAGUGAUGGAAGUGGAAGUAAUUCACGUUUGCCUCCCACAACAUAUGGAACAGCUUUGGUUCCUUCAGUAAGUCAUACAUAUUUCAACCAGUACACUGGAUCUGAGUACAGCCUGAAUAAAAUGCAGUCACCUCAGCUGAGUCCCAGCUAUAUUUCUGUACGUGGAUCAACAGAAGCUACUGACUUGCAUGAACGUAUUCCAAUCCACCAUGAAGUAAACUAUGGAAAUUCUUCAGUCUACCAUUCUCGUGUGGAAGAAUAUAGAGUAUCACCAUAUCAACAGGUCCCUGUGCCAUAUAAUCAGCAUGUGAGCAUCCAUCCUCUGCACACACCUAGACAUUCACACCAGAGCUUCCACAAUGCACCAGCCCAUUCAUCACCACACCAGCAAGCUCAGGGAGACCAGAAUUCCUCACAAGCAAUUGAUCAGACAGAAGAGUUGCCACUGCCACCUGGAUGGUCUGUUGAUUAUACAAUGAGAGGUCGAAAGUAUUACAUAGACCACAAUACAAAAACAACUCAUUGGAGUCAUCCUUUGGAGAAGGAAGGGCUCCCAACAGGAUGGGAGAGGAUAGAAUCCCCCGAAUAUGGUGUUUACUAUGUAAAUCAUAUAACCCGACAAGCACAAUAUGAACAUCCUUGUGCACCACAUUACAUUUACCAGCCAGAGGCAAGAGUUCAGAUGGAAGUACAACCACGAAUGCUUGCACCACCACCAAGACAUACUCAUUUUCAUCCUCACAGUGUACUUGUUCCUGCAAAUCCUUAUCUGAAUGAAGAAAUACCACAGUGGUUAGUUGUGUACUCCAGAGCAUCAAAAGAAUUGGAUCACAAGUUGAGAUGGGAAAUGUUCAGAUUACCUGAAUUGGAUUGUUUUAGUGCCAUGUUAACACGUUUAUAUAAACAAGAAUUGGAGGAAAUAGUAAUGCGGUAUGAAGCAUACAGGGCUUCCUUGGUGCUUGAAAUUGAGCGACGUUUGACGGCUGCUGCUGAACAGUCAGGAGCUACCACAGAGCUAUUGAAAGAAGCAGCUUUGUCUCAGCAUGUAGAGACCAAAGUAUAACAUUAAAAAGUUAUUUUGUGACAUUUUUCAGUGAGAGAACUAGUCACCUUUAUAUUUUGAAGAAAGUAUUGAAACAUUUUGUAUAUUUUAAAAUGCAGGACCACUUGUUAGGUUUAUAUUAGUGAUUAUUUGUGUAUGUGGUAUGUAUAUAUGAGUACAUUAUAUUAAGUUUGAGGACUUGAAGGGUUGAUAUAAAGUAGAGAGGAAAAAGCAUUACUCUGGUAUAAAAUGGGAACUCUUUGAUUUAACCACUAUUUUUAUAAAUAGCAUUAUUUAAAACUUUGAUGAAACAGUUGAAAUGGUUUAAUUGAAGAUAAAACUUUUUAUGAUGGGAAGAAAUAAUGCAAGUGUGAAGGGAGAACUGAAGAGGAGGAGAAGGGGUGAACAUAUAUAAACCUUUGCAGAUUAAAAAGGUUUGUUACUUAAUGCUGUUGGUUCAGGCUGCUGAUACAUAUUUUAGUAAAUUUUAAGCAGGGUCUGUCCAAUAGCUUAUAAAUAAAUAAAGUUUGUCAUACUCACCAAGAUAAGCUGCUGGAUAAUGAAAAUUUUAUUUGCUACAAACUCAGUUACAGAGAUCAGAUAUCGUGUACAAUAGUGGAAAAGAAUGAAAAUAUUUUACCAAAUUGAUGUGAAAGUAAUUCCUUAGAUACAUGCGUUGUUUUACUAAGUCAUCAGAACACAUCACUUCAAUGAGUGUAAUGUACUUCCUGUUGUGAUAAACAGAGAUUCACUUCUGCAGUGUUUCAUAUCUGGAGCUAUUGGUUCUGCAGUUUUGGCUUUGAAAUGCAGAACCAGUAGCAGUUAAAUAUUUCGGUGUUGAUAAAUAUUGGUUUGUUCAGCACCAAGAAAUUUCAUACAUGAUCAUGACUGUGUCUUGUAAUAGUCUGAUCUGAGUAUAUAGUUCAGUUGGCAGAUUAACUGAAUUGUACCAAAGGGCUGAAGUUCUGGUAUGUCGUAUGUAGGUUGUUUCUGGUGUAGAAUCAAAGUUUUCAAUCUCAAGAACCCUGUGCUAAAUUUUCGGGAGUCAAAAGCCAAUGAAAUUUUGCAAUUUUUACAAUUGUUCUAACUUUUCCCUUUACAUGCUACAGCUAAAAGCACUUAGACAUUUCUUCCUACAAUUUCCAUUUGUCAAACACAUUUCUGCAUUACAUAUAUUAAGAUGGGGUUAGUUUAGUACAGUUUUGACAUAUUUUUGAACAUGUCACACUGUUCUUCUUAGAAACACCUACUUUCUCUCUCAAAUUAAGUAUCCUACUUCCUCAAGUUAUUCAGCUGUCAUUAUUACCAUUAUGUGUAUUACGUAUGUUUUGAAAUAGUUUUCUUUUGUACUAAUGCUACCCCUAAAGUGGGGUCAUUUUAGUAUUAGUUGAAAAACCUCUGAAAAUCAUAGCCGAGAUCCAAUGUACCAUUCUCAUCCCAUCAAGAUGUGUGUGUUAAGAUCUAAGACACCUGGCUAAAUCAAGUGUCAACAGAAAAAUAUUUUUUCUUGAGUCCAUUAGUUGCUUUUGUUUUGGAUAAAAUUACUGGAAAUUAUGCUGAAAUAAAACUAAAUCAGCUACUACUAAUGUACUUAACUCACUAAUGGUGUUACAAAAUAAAUCUAAAGUCACAACAUCUGAGGAAUACACUUUCAAGGUUUCAUGUCAACAGGAAAUAUUUCCCUUCUACAUAUUUGUCUGGGAAUUGGAAGCUUGUGUUCUAAUUGCUCUUGAGAGUGGCAAAUUUCAUGAACUGCAGUUGGCCGUUUCCAGUAUUUGCUUCAUUUUUCCGUACAUGACACAUUAAAGUCCUUCACUUAAAACAUCAUGGUCUGGGUAGUGUGGUCCCUUGUAGCUUACAACAAUGUGAUCAGCAACUUCUGUGAUUAGAUUUGGACUGUUGUGAGAAGACAGGCUGGCAGUAUAAAUGUUUUCACCUAGUUUUAUUUUUAUCAUCCCCUCUAGCACUUCCUAUGCAAUGCUGUUCAGUUGUUGGCAGUUCAUCUCCACUUUCUGUGUAGCUGAUACAGGAAUCUCCAUCUUCAAAGGAGCUGUUGUCAUCACUGAUGAUUUUCUUCUUCCUGUGAGAAAUGUUCUGCAUUUUGGUAAUGGGGUGAGUAUGGUCUUCCCGAGGAAAGUUAUCAGUUGUAAAGCCUUGACCUGGAGGAACAUUUAUUUUCUCGCCCCUCUUUUCAGUUAUGCCCAAAGUGUCUUUUUGUGCUUCUUAUAAAUGCUGCAGAAAUGAACAUAUGGUUUUUCAAGUUCUCUCUCUUUCAGCUUCCAAGGAGCUACUGCUUAACUUAUUGUUCAGAUUGAAGGUAUAUAUUCUGCAAAAUCUGAACCCAAAUUUUAGAUGUGCUUCAAUUGUGUUGCUCAUCCUCUCAAAUAAGUGGUUCACUAACUUGGGGAAGGCCACUUUAAUUGCUGUUCCACAUCAUUCUUCCAUUUCUGUCUUUUUCAGUUUGUUGGUAUCAUGAGUCCUUCAUUGACCAAAACACAGCCAUGUCUAAGAAUUGCGUCAGAUGGGUAGAAUUAGGAGGUAGGUACACGAAAAUGACGAUGAUAUUGUCUCUGCAUUUAAUAAUGACUUAAUAACUCACAUGGGAACUUAAAUUGUCCCCAGUGAACAUCUUUUUCCCACGGAGUUUCUGGAGCAGUAGUAACACUGUUUCCACGAACACUUCUUCACAUGUUCUUAAAUCUACCCAGCCAGAUUCUGUUCAGUUAUAACAAGCCUUAGGCAAUCCACCUCUUUGCCAUUAUUUGUAAAUAAGUUUUUCCUAGUUAAUGAACAGUGGAGCCAUUAGUUUUCCUCCAGUGCAUAAUAGUUGUACGUGCCUCACAUGCAUUUCAUAUUCAUUCUGGAUAUUUGAUACCAUAUUUUAUUAAAACAGCUUUGACACCAGAAUCAUCCACAAGUUUGUUUUGUCAUAAUUCCACAAGUUUGAAGGAGGGACAUCUGCAGUUGCUUCCUUCAGGCUGCCAAAAGAACGUCUGAUAUCCUUUGGCCCCACAGGCUUUCGUUUCAUUGUUAUAUUUUUGACGAGUCUAGGGCUGAGCAUCUGCUUGUGUCAUAUCUGAAAUGAAUAAGCCCAGUCUUCUCCUGGACAUGAUCCAUUAUUGAAUUUUAUCCUCUUAGUUAGUGAGUUACAUGUUCCAUGGAUCAUUUGAAUGAUUCUUUCAAAAGAAUGGCAUAGAAUGAGCCAGUGUACUGGAUAUGCAUACAUGAUUAGGGCUAAUGUAAAUGAACACAUUUUUUGUCCUGGUCGUGAAACUUCACUUGAAAACUAGUUCUUCUACAGCAUAUGAGAUUUAAAUUAAAAAUUCAGCCAUGUAACAUGAGUUGUCCAGGAGAAAUGAUUUUAGGUUAAAUUGAGAACUUACUUUGCUACCUAUCAGACAUGUUAUGUUAUUAGGCAAAUGGUUAAAAAAGUUCUGAGGCACUGACACCUUGAACCAUUCCAUGUGACAAAUGGGCUGAAAUGGCCCAUAGCAUUAUAGGAAAAACAACGUUUUACCUUACCUUGAAACAGCUAGGCCGCAGCCACUCAACAACUCGCUGAAAGAUAUUUACAUUGGCCCUCUGGGCUCUCAUGACCUCCAGUGUUGACAACACAUUCCCUUCAACUUCCCGCACGGGCUGCAAAUGCCUAGGUGUCAUGCAAAGGGGGUUGUUACCUACUUUUUACCUCUUGUGUUGUAUGUAUGGAUGUAGCCAUAUUUAUCAAUAAUACAAAGAGCAAAAGUAGCUGAACUUAAUUAUUCGAGAAGCUCAAUGGGAUCCUGAUUCCUGUUGAGGCUGAGUAAAUGUGUCAAAUAAUGCCUCUAAUUGUCAAAGCAUAACAUCCCAAGCCCAGCUUCUCAAUAUCAAGAUCAUUCCUGGCAACACAGGAAGACCUUGAUUAUGUCUGACUAGAUGCCUGAUGAGUAUAUUAGAGGAAGAUAAAUAAUGAAGUAUCAAAGAGCUGUGAACUUGUAAAAUUCCUGCGUAUUUAUUACGUCUUUUUGUUGAUCGUGUUCAGAUAAUACAGAUGUGCACACUUGCGUAUAUCAAAUGACCUGUUGCACGGAAAUAGGAAAUCAUUUCUUUGACACAUUUGAUGUGCUGGUUUUUCAUCGUAGUGCACAUGUGGCAGUAUUGUGCCACAAAUGUAGCAAUAGGACCACAACUUUAAGUUUUUUUCAGCAUUUCUGAGAAUUUGGUUUUCAUAACAUUGAAUGCUGCAUUUUCCCCCAAAAUUUCUUGAAAUAAAUAAGUUUUCUGUGUUGGUUGUACAUUAUUUCCAUUUAAUUUUUAUUUAGAUGUGGAUUUGCCAUGAGAAUGAGUAAAUCUUUUCAUGAAGAAAAAUCAUUUCAUUCAAUAAUUAAACCAGCCAUAGCAUCACGAUUGAGAAUGAGGCAUAUGCACAACCAUAAUAUCUGAUCAACACUGUUUCCAGCAUUUUUCGUGCAGAACAGUUCAUUCAGCACAAUCCCAAUGUAAUCUUUCACACCUCAUCCUUAAGACAUAAUCAGGUGGAAACCACCUAGCCUAACAAUAACACUGAAUAGUGCCAGAAGUGAAUAAUUUGCUACACUACCACAAGCCUUCCAGUACAAUAGCUCGUUGAAAGUGACAACACUUGUUUUCUGAUUCAGUAAUUUGCGGCAGGUGUGGAUGAUAUAAAUACUGUGUCGUAUUUGCUGCGAGAUGUGUUGUUGGAAGGAAAGCAUACUGUUUUGGACCAUCCUGUUGCUCAUAACAUGUUCCUUGCUCAAGAAAACCAUUAAUUUUAAUUCUGCUUUGGUACAGCGUUGAUAUUGGUUUACUUGCACACUGCCAGCUUUAUUGAUUAAGUCCAAUGCUAAGCUCACUUUAAAAUGGCUCCCUUCUCUUUUGCAAAUUCCUGCUUGUCCAGGGAUCACUGUCAUUUCUCCUCCCAUGGCAUAUGUAAAGUCAGCAUUGUCAAAGGUAAACUGGAUGGAUGGACUGGUUGACUCGUUGAAUUUGGUCUUCCUUCAAACCUUGCAGCUUCCACGUAAGUAGCAGCAAAUCCUAAAGGUGUUAGAAGAUUCAGCAGGAGUCACUAGACCAAGGCAGCUUUUCUUUCACAGAAGUGUAGCCAGUUUGUUCGUCAAAAUCAUAGCAUAAAAUAGGAACAGCAGUAUUUGAGGCAAAACACACUGAACCACCCAAAAACUUUUCAGUGGAUGUGUAACCAUUUGUGGUGAAAAUUUGUGAGUGAAUAUACACCAGAGUUAUCUUGCCAGCAGUUUUACCAAAUCAAAGCAUUUAUUCUAAGGGAUCUCUGAGUUUUCAUUCAGGCACCAGUCUCACAGAAUUUUGGGAGUGUUUUCUUGAAUCGGAUGGUACACUCUUUGGGUGAAUCUGAGAUAAUUAUAUUCUCUCCCUUUGAGAAGACUUUUUGAAGUUCUCACAUGUCUUCAUCUACCUGAUCAAGUAAAUACCCUAGGGAAAUCUGGCAUCAUCACUAUUGUCUACAAGAAAGAUGAAUGUGAUGUCCUUUGCUUCAACAAUACUGUACCUGUAUGGUGUCCUCUUAUUGCGAUUUGAAGUGGGUUCAUAAGAUCCUCCUGCUUUUUGUUGUAUUUUAUGUUAAUUAAGGUUAUGUCUGUGUCCAAAUUACCCAUCUGGGCGAGUCACGCUAUUGGCUAGUGCAUCGUGUGGUGCUCUGCUCCUUCCUGCUGUGUGUUACCAAACACCAACUGCUUUCUUACAUGGACACUGCUAUAAGACAGGGUUCUUUUGGUAAAAAACUUGGAUUCUACACUUCAAAUGUACACACAACAUACUAGAAGUUCUGAGAAUUCAGACAAUUUUAAGGUCACCUCCUACCCCUCUUAUAGUACCUGCCAACUCGUUGAAUAAAUUUGUUUGUUUGUAUGUUGUAGUGUUUGUAAGUAAGUAAAGGUCAUAAAGAACAAAGCUGCCAAUCAACUUAGAUGGUUAUGUUGGGGCAAGAAAGUUUGUGUGCAUUUGCUGUGACUUUUUUUUCUACUCCUGAUCAAUAAAAAUCAGAAGCUUUUUGGCAACUCAUUUGUCUACAUGGACUACCAAAUAACAGUGUAGUUUAAUAGCAGGCAAAAUGCCAUUGAUGAAUGCUUUUGUGCAACAGGCAUCAUCCAUUAUAGUCCUAGGAAAAAAGUUUUAACUUUGAUGGCAGGAAACGUUUAAAUGAGAUGAAAUGUUGUCACUUUUUAGCAAAGGUGAUGCCAGAACUUGAGACCAGAUACAGCCUAAGACAUUUGCAGGUUUUACUCCUCUUCAUGUCAGUUUUAACUUGGUGCUUGAUUUGCAACAUCAUAAGUAGGCCCCCUUUCAUUAGUAGAUCUGCCUGAAGAAGUUGCAUCUUAUUUCUCGUCCUCUCCACAGCCUUCUUGUAAAGGGUGUAAAGUUCUGCCCCCACUUUGUACAUAGACACCCUCAGAAUAGGAAUGAAAAUGUUCCCCAUUUGGAGAAUUUUACACAUUGAACAAGAACAGAUAAAUAUGUAAUACUUGCUACAAGGAUGACACAGUUAUUUACUUUAUUAACACCACCAAACACUAUGGACAGGAAGUACAAAUACUUUUUCUUUAGUCCUCCACCACCACUGAUCUAUGUUCGAGAAAAGUUAAAAUGAGCGGAGAUUUUUGUUAAUGUUGUCAUGAGGACCACUCUCGGCUGAUAGUUUUCAUUUAGUCUAAAUUGUGUAUGCCGUACUGAGAAAUUUGGAAAAAUUAAUGUAUCACUGUAACAAAUAAUACAUAUCCUGCGAUAUUUGAAUCGACUCCAAUAUCAAAUCAGUUCAUGGAAUACUUCUCGGAGAUCAGUACAGUGUUAGACAUUUCUGUAACCAUUCAUUUUUGCGUUGUUAACGUAUGGUGAAAUAUUCAAAGGAUGAGGGGGGACAGGGUGGAGGGUUGGACAUACCAUGUACCAAUAUACAGACAUUGUAACACAAAUAAUUAUUUGAGACUGGUAUGUAUCUUGCAAACUGCAGUAUUUUAUUGUCAAAGUGGCCAUCAAUUUCUGAGAACUAAAGACUACUUCAUACUGAGUGGGAGAAUGAAUGAUGUGUGGUUAAUAUGUUAUAAGUUUAGAAUUUACUUCAGAACUUAUGUCAGAAAGUAAAACAUUGUAUUAUACAAUGAAGUUUUGUAUGUCUGCACAAAGUAAAUUUCUAGUAUGAUGUUUCAAUGGAGAAAGAAAGAAUAAAUGCAAUGAUUAUACUCUGUGUCAUAUUAGGUUGAGAAAUGAUGGCAUCUUCAAUUUAUUUUGAUAUGUGAAAACAGAUUGCUUGUUUUUGUCAUCAUCAUUCCAUUAAUUUAAUUUUUCAAUUUUCCUUGAAACAGAAGUUACUUAAACUGUAAUAUUUUUAAUACUUACAUGAGGAUCCAAUUUUACUGCUGCCUUUGUGCCAUUAACAGCUCCUGCUUUGUUAAAAACAAAAGGCACAAACACAAAAUUGUUAGCUUUAGUGGAAAAUUUGAAAGUUGAAUUAUGUUAUGGACACAUUAAACAUUCAAACUCUCAGAUACUUUGCACAGAGACAGAGUAGAUACAAAAAGCGUACUCAGUAGUGUCCUGUUCGAAGUCACUGGUAGUCAAAUGUGAAAUGAAAGAAUUCAGCAAUUCCAAACUUAUUUCAUCAUCAGAAACUCCAUUUUAUUCUAGGCGACUUGUUACUGUUGGAAUGGUCCUUCAAAGACCAAUAGCAUUUUCAUUGUAACUGUCUGUUUCUUUGUCUUAUGUUACUGUAUGCAGUUAUUUCAUCUGCUUUCUGAGACAUUCUCAAAGAAAAAACUGUUUUGUGCAUAUACAUUGUUGAUUCCAUUUACUGGUAAAUUUCAGAGGUCAAAAGAAAUGUAUACACUUGAAAUUAAACUUAGCUGUUGUUCUGAGGUUCAUUUCAAUCUCAUGCACUCUCUGGACAUAAAUGUAAGCCACAUUAAAGUGUUUCUAUGGCAUUUUUCAGAUCAGAGUAAAAUUUGUGAAAUUUUUGGCCUUAGAUUGUAAAGGGAAAAAAUUAAGCCAUCUAAAAUGUGAAAAUUUGAGUGUGAGAAAUAUCAUUGAUGUGAUGUGUUUUUGCAUGAAUCAGUGCAAGAUUGAGUGCCUUAAUAUGAAGAAGUUGAAAUUAUGUAUAUUUGGUACCUCAUACAGUAAAGAUUUAUCUUACUUUUUGUUUAGCAGUAAUUUUUUACAAACAAUAUAAAAUAAUUUGAUUUGUACAGUAUCUCCAGACAAGAACUGGCAUAUUAGUGCUUAUUUAAUGGCUGUGAUAUAUCUUUUCCUACUGAGAGUUCCUUAGUCACACAAGUUGUGUAAAGAUUUCAUAUAUUAAAGUGAUGUAUUAUUUUUGUAGCUGUGGUGCUUGUAUACAUGCUCUCUUUGUAGUAAAUACACUGCUUGUACCUGAA